AUGGCCAAAUACGAGAUCACCUUGGAAGAAAUACCUUCCACUUUUAACAAAACAUAUAAGCAAGAGGAUCCAGACAAGGAAGCAAGUGAGCCAAGUAGCCUACAGAGCCAAGGGCUCACUACCACUAGGGGCACAAAGGAAUUAUCUAGUGCAGAGAAGCCAGAGGCUGCUAAAGACCUCCAACCUACCACUGACACAGCUUUUCAAGGCUCUGAUGCUAGUAGCUAUUCAAAGGCUAAGUCAGAUGGCGAGCUGUCCCAAAAGUCGAGGCGCCACACCCGUCAGCGUAAGGUUGGCUCCUCAUCGGAUAAGAGGUCGACGAGCACCUCUCGAAGAGGAGCGAGGCUAUCCCGGUCGUCUUCCUACGGAAGGCUUCUUACGGCUCCUAAGUCCUUCGGCGGUCGCCCCGUACGUAGACUGCCAAGGUGCUUAUGGUCACUCCUAUCUAUAUCCUUAAGCCCACCGGACGUCCCAGUCAUCGUAGUUACGAAUCCGGAGGGCGAGAUCAAGUAUCCCUUUGACCACAACUAUUAUGGGGAUUCGGAUAGCGAGGAAAAGGAGGAAAGCAGUUCGGACGGGUGGGAGGAUAUGGACGGUACUGGCAUGAAGGAUCAGGCUACGUGUCGCUUCUAG